GAAGAAAAAAAGACAACAACAAUAUUUUUCAUCUCCAUGAAGUUUAAAGGUCCCGGGCUAAUAAAUCCUCAAGUCAAUGAUCGUUAACCGUUAACCUUGUCAGUCUCUGAGACUUUGAUUUUGACGUUUAUUGAUGGACCCAAAAUCAAAGGGAUUAUCCACUCUUCUGGUAAAUCAUCCAAUGAGGUCUCAUUAUUUUGUGUCAAGUGGUUCUAAAUAUAUUAGGAACGGGUUUCCAUGUUUAGACCCAGGUGAUCUUGAAAUUGGAUCGAGUCACUACAAAAUAACAGGAUAAUAUACUCUGCAUGUCUAAUCAUCCCAUGAAGUGUCAACGUCCUGGGUCAAGUGAUCUAAUGCUAUUGAUCCAAGCGAUUUUCAUGUCCUUGAAUCUGUGAUCUUUAAUCAAGUGACCCACAAACCAAUAGAGAUAAUCUACUAUGAUUGUCCGCACAUCUAAUGAAGUUUCAAUAUUAUAAGGUCAAGUGGGUCAAAGUUAUUGAUCGGAAACGGUCCCUGUGACCUUAAAUUUUGAUGGAGUGAUCCCCAAUUAACAUUAGAGUCAUCUAGUACGUAAGCCCUUUCAUCUUUAGAGUUUGGGGAUUUUAGGUUAAAUGGUUCUUCAGUUAUAUAUCGGAAAUAAAGUGUAAUGGAUGGACAGACGAUCGGACGGGGAGGGCAAAAACAAUAUGUCUACCCUUCAGGGGGUGGGGGAACAAUAACAGAUAGAAGAAGACUCUCUAGAAGCACCCUGAGACAAAAACAUAUUCAGAGUCUUACAUAAUAAGCCAAUCUGUUAUCGAAACUAAGGUAUAAAGAUAUAGAGGACCGAUUACUUUUAAAUCGCCCAUUAUCGAGUAUAGUUUGAUUAUAAAAAAAUAUCAAAAUAUGAAUCAUCCUGUAAAGUUUGUUCAUUGAAAAAGAAAAUAAAGAUGGUAAAAUGACAAAAAGAGCAGUUACUUUGAAACGCAUCCCCACGCAUAUUUCUUCCAAAUAACAUAAAUAGUCAACGUGGUAUACCAAAACAUAUAUCAAUGCAAACGAUCAGUAGGCCUACAAUCAUGACAAGCCUCGUUCCACAAGGUUAACUAUAUUUAAAUUUUAAUGACAAAAUCGUUCAAUGAGAACUGUUUUCAAAUAUCUAUACGUAGUUAACUUUGAAAUCAAAUAUCUUUGUCCUCUAUUUUUUCCCGAAUAUCUAUAAAUAGUAUAAUCUUCAUGUGACUGAGUAACUAUUGCCAACGAUGUUGAAACGUCAUUUCCGCCCAAGGCGGUAUAGCUUAAAGUUCCUAAUUUUCUGUGUUACUGUGUUUUAGAAUUCUGUGGAUUAGAAUGGACUUCAGUAAACAGAAACAAUAAUUCUGUGGAUUAGAAUGGACUUCAGUAAACAGAAACAAUAAUAUCUAUAAAUAGUAUAAUCUUCAUGUGACUGAGUAACUAUUGCCAACGAUGUUGAAACGUCAUUUCCGCCCAAGGCGGUAUAGCUUUUCUGUGUUUCUGUGUUUUAGAAUUCUGUGGAUUAGAAUGAACUUCAGUAAACAGAAACAAUUGUUGAAUCACACGUAGCGACAUCCAGAAAGAAACAAGAAGAGGAAGAGGAAAUGCAACAUUUUGUAAAUAUGGCAACAGCCCAGCCAUCACAAGACCGGGUUCACCUUUUUCGCCUCCAAACUCUUAUUAUAGAUGGAGGCACUACAGUCAUAAGGAACAUAAUUGACCAGAAGAGCUCCAAUGUUCCGUUUAAUGUGUUUCUUAGUCAUGAACAGACCGCAGUAAAGGCACUGGUGGGCAGGAAGAUAGUAACGAAAGCACAGUACAAUUUGCUGUAUCCACAAGGUGGUAAUCCUCCUUCUAUCACUGACCUUGACCUAACUCUUGCGACAUGCCUGCUGAGAAGCCUGAAAAGUUUCAGACUAAACCCUAGACAUAACUGGAGUGCAACACCGCAGCAAACUGACACUUCCAUUGAGGCAGAUUUAUGUCGUCUAAGAAAUACACGAAAUGAGAUAGCGCAUAGUCCGUCUACGACGGGGAUAGACCAGGCAACAUUCCAGGUUAAGUGGAAUGAAAUCGAGACGGUACUUCUCAGACUUAAUAACUCUGUUCCAAAUCCAAUGCCCAAUCUUCAACAAGAGCUUGACGAGUAUAAAAACAGUCCCCUUGAUCCAGAGGCAGAAGAAAAAAUAAAAGAAGAAAUAGAAAAUUUGCAGCAAAUGGAGAAAAACUUAGAAUCGGAACUGCAGAUUGUGAAGAAAGCUUGUGAAGAUGUUAAGGGAAAAGUUGAUAUCAUCGAGGGAAAUUUUGAAGGUGUUAAGGGGAAAGUUGAAAAAGUCACAGGUUAUGUUGACGAAGUUAAAGGACAUGUUGAAGAAAAUAAGAAAAAUAUUGCAGCUGCACAUAAAAAGAUUGAUGAAGAAUUGAAAAUGCGAAAGAAAACAGAUGAACAAAAAAGUGUUGCAAGAAAACCGCUAGGCAUAUUCCAAAGACUAUUCCCAGGACUACGUAUGCGCAAAAUAAAGAAAGACCUAAAGAAAGAUUUGAUCGCUCUCUACAGACGACAGUAUCAUACCCUGCCUCUAUCACCAUUGAUAGAAGAAAGGGACACGCCUCUACUUAAGUUUUACGUCAUGCCGGACAUGAAUUCAGUGGAGAUCCAGAGGUCGUUUGGAGGUGGCAACGAAAUUAAAUCAAAGAUCAACUCCCUCCGUGAUGUGUUCUACAAGAAAAACAAAACGUGUCGUGAAAUUUACCUUACUGCAGAUGCUGGCUUUGGGAAAACUGCAUUUAGUAGGCGCCUCGUGUUGACAUGGUGUCAAGCCAAAAAGCGUAUCAAAAGUGAUGAAAAAUUCUUUAAGGAGGAAGAUAUUCAGGCAAUGUCAGAGUUUGAGUUUGUGUUCUUGUUGUCGUUACGUGAUUGUUCUGAGGAAUGCGACAUCGAUAAGAUGAUCGUUAAACAAAUAAUUCCACGGCUAGUUCACACAUCUGUAACUGUAAGCGACAUUGAAACUAUUCUUUCUAAGGGUAAAGGCUUAGUAAUUCUUGAUGGUUUAGAUGAGUGGAUACACCCUGAAACCACCUGUAAGCUAGGACCACGUGACAUUCCACACAGGAAAGCAAGGGAAUGUACAAUCCUCACAACAACUAGACCGUGGAAGUUGAGUGUUAUCAGUUUAAAUUCAAGUCAAAUAGAUCAAAAGUUGGAACUUGUCGGAUUUAACAAAACGUCUGCUACAGAGUUAAAGAAAAAUGUGAUCUCACUUCUGACUGGUGACAAUGACGAAGAAAAACACAUUCAGGACUUUAAUACCACUGUGAAACGUAAAGGCAUUUCGGAUUUGGAAGUUAUUCCGCUUCUACUGAUGUAUCUUCUGUGUUUAUGGUGUGAUGGAAUAGAUCUAGGAAGAUCUAAAUAUGUGUUAUACUGCCAAAUUGUUGAACUGCUCCUGAAACGAACGUUCAAAAAAUAUCCAGCCCAGCAGCAGGCGCGCGAACCGGCCCAAGGUGAUAUCCCACAAUACUUCAGUGAACAUGUACAUUGUAAGAAAAACUACAUCCUUCUGCAAGCUUUAGGACAAUUAGCAUUUGAAACAUUAUUCAGUGAAAAACGUGAAAGCACGCUGGUAUUUAGUCAGUCAGUCACUGAAAGAUAUUUAAACAAAGAUGAUUUGGAAUUAUGUCUUCUCUCAGGAAUAUUAACACAAAGUAAGGAAGUAAAAUUAACCAGUGAAAGUUCCAAAGUUUCGUUUUCCCACAAAACUGUACAGGAAUAUUUCUGUGCCCUGUACAUUUGCUCUCAAAAUGAAAAUGAUGUCAAAAAAAUAGCCCAACAAAAGUUUAACAGUGUACAAAAUAUUCUUGAUAUGUCGAAAGUGUUUGUUUUCAUCAGUGGAAUGAAUGCAGAAAUCAUGUCUUCAAUAUCACGCGAAUUAAUGUCUGUAAUCAGUGAAGAUCAAAUAACGAGAACAUACAGAUCUAUGACAAACUACGAUUACAGGUACGUUAAUCCUCUGAAAGACAUACAAAACAUGUACAUUUCUUGUUUGAAAGAAAACACGGACAACACUUCUCUUUGUUUCCAGGAUUUCAUCAUCGAUGAAGAAUGUCAACAAGAAAAUCACUUCUUGAAUUUAAAACAUCUGGUGAUACACAAUAAAAGAAAUAUUAUGUCAUUAAGUAUCCAAAUAAAAGGCAUUCGUUGUUUACGUGAACUUAUCGAUCAGUUUGAACUUGAUGACCUGCACAGCGUCAAGAAAAUAUUCUACCAAGGAGAAUGUACUAAGGAAGCAGAAAUUAUUCGGUUGUUGACAAACAAGUCGUUGGAAUGUGUAACUGUUGAAUCAAGUACAUGGCAAGGUAAUAACUUUAUACACAAACGUAGUUCUUGUUCCAGUGAACUGUCUAAAACAUUUCAGAAUAUUUCUCAGUUACGAGCAAUUCAUAUCGAUUGUUUCAAGAUGGAGCACGAUGUGCUGAAGGAGUUUCUGAAUUAUAUUAUAAACAGAAAAUCAAUGGCGGAGAUUAGAUUGUACAACUUAGACUGUGUCACACACGAUAUUUCCUGCGGAGGAAUGAAUUUGGACUUUUCCCAUCAUUCAGAUCUAAGGGCGUUAUCAUUGGGCCAUAUACCUGUGUCACAAUUAAAAGUGAAUGUAUCGCCGUUAGAGGAUUGUAAUGUAGGACAUUUAUCUAAACCCGGUCUGUUCACGUCAUUGCUGAGAGAGCUGCCAGCAGCCAGUAAACUACACACAUUUAGGUGUAGUCCUCCAGAAUCUUCCGGUGACAUUGAAACAUUGCUGCAGACAUUACCAUUGUUAGUUCCAGUGAAAGACGUUUGGUUGAAGGGUAUCAACCUAGGUGAAAGGUCACUGUCUCUGUCACCGGAAAUGGUGAAUAUAGAACGUGUUUACUUGUUGAAGGUAACAAUGCCUGGUUCAUCAUUACGUAAUCUAGUUAAGGAAGUAGAGAAACUUCCACACUCAGUGACAGUAAGAAUGCACGAUUGUAAUAUAACACCGGAAACAGAAUUUGCAGACGUUAAAAAAUAUAUAAAAACAUCGGAGAAUUUCGUGGUCACGUUUGAUGGAAUCAAUCAGUACGGCAAGUACGCGUUUGAGUUUCAAACAACUGAAGCUGGAAGUCGAGUACAUUAAGUUAACCAGGGAACUUGGACUGAUAGUGUAAAUAUUUUAUAAUCAUUACUCAUUGAAUAUAUGUAACAUAAAACAUAACACAUUGAGUCAUUGACAUGACAUAUGACAUGUAUGUACAGAGUUAAAAAUAGCCGUGCUUGCGAGUGAAAUAGACACGAAAAUCAAUUCUAAUUCACAAGAUUUAGGAAAAGGAGUUAUUAAAAUAGUUGUGCAUAGAUGAAGAGGAUGGACGUUCUCAUAUCUACAUGGAUUUAUUACACAAGCACGUUUGUUUUCACUGGAUUGCCGCAAUUUACUGGUGUGUCGUAUGACAGCAGAAGAGACAACUUUUCAUCUCAGUCUAGAAUCAACCCAUUAUACCCUUAUGAAGAGCAGUUGUAUGGACAGUUGUCACAGGAGGUUCACUUCUGUUUAGCCGAAGUGGUGGGAUUCUGUCGCAAUGGUGUGCUGGAGUACCAGUCCAAAAAUAACCGUGUUAGAAAAGUGUCAAGAGUUUGUCAUUCAAAGAGGUCCCAUUGGAGAAACAUCUAGAGGUGAUUUUGUGGAGGAUGGAAAAUUCUCAGAAAAGACUUCUUCCAAUGAGGUGUGUGGCAAGUAGGAAAUAUUUGUCAACGUCAGCAAAUUGAUUGUCAGUUUUCAUCUGAUAGGUCUUCUACAAUACCUUUACAACAAUACUCCUACGAAACGUCUGGAACUUGUUAAUACUGAGAUUCUACCUUUCUGAGCCACAGACUGUGCUGUACAAUCCUCUGCUGUAUAUUUAGACUCCGAGUGUGUGAUACAGUCCUCUGCUCGAUUUCUAGACUGAGCAACUCAGACCAUUGGAACAAGCUCUGCAUGGCGGUACCCUAAAAGGUCUCAUGGCUUACCUGUUUGUAUUACAACCAGUUGCAAUUCAGAAACUUCAGCACCAGUAAAGAGUAUGACCAUUGGUUUUACCACCAGGAUCCCUUUUCAACUGAAAAUCUAUCAGACAAUGAAAAACCUGGAUCUCAAGAUGUUUACAUAACAGUAACUUAGUGUUUACAAUCAACCUGUUCUACUGGGCUAGUAGACACUGUCUAUGAAAGUACUAAGGUUUGACAUUGGCUGAAUAUAACUAACUGGAUCCCAACUUAACUGAGAAGUAACUAAGCUUGCAAACCAGAAGUUGCACAUAACUAUUUGCAUACCUGCUCCUAUAAGUGUUUGUGUAAUGUUUAGAAGAUGUUCGCUUUUGACACGGCAAUAUGAAUCUGAUUUAGAAUAAUAAGCCUCGCAAUGCAAUUCUAUUUUAAUAAAGAAGUUGAGAUUUUAAAACCAGUAGUGAUUUUUUCAACAAUUCUUUUAUGAGGAUGUUUAUGUUUUUAUUUGAACCUAAGGUGGAAGCAAUCAGAUGUAUGAUGUGCACAAAUUGUCAAGUGUUUUUUUAGCUCACCUGUCACAUAGUGACAUGCUGAGCUUUUGUGAUCACCCUCCGUCCGUCGUCAGUCCGUUCGUCCGUCAGCAAUUUCUUGUCUGCACGAUAGUGGUUUCAUUUAUGAUUUUAUUUUAACCAAACUUGCACACAACUUGUAUUACCAUAAAUCUCGGUU